AUGCCGCCAGACGCGGCAGCAGAAGCGCUAAUGGAGCAGCCACUGCCCAAUUUGACCGUGGCGGCCAACUGCGACAAACUGCGCAGCCGCGCCUCCGCCGAGCGCCUCGUGGACGCGCGCAUCCGAUUGGCUGGCGCCCGCCGCAGGGUGCACCCCAAACGACUCGCCUCGCUACAGUCGCUGCCCCUGCACUCUGCCUCCGCCGGCAUCUACCGCAAGCCGCACCACCAGCUGUUCCCGCAGGGCGCCAACUGCACGGCCGUCGGCGACUGCGGGGCGCGCACCGCCAAGUCGGAGGACACCGGGGCGCGCCAGCACGGCGGCGGAGGCAACGCGUCUGGGACCCGCAGGCGGCGUGAGGCGGCCCGGGAGGAGCCGUCGCGGGACUGCGCGGGGAUCGAUCCCAGGAGUUCCAGUAAGAAGGACCGCAGCAGCGCCCACUGUCUGCGUUUCGCCGACUCCUGGUACGGAGUAUACGAGCUGCAGCAGCCCUCGCUGGACCAGGAGGUGACGGUGCAGGUGUUCGGCAGGAAGGAGCUGGAUGAUGGCACCUGGCACUGGCAGGAGAUUACCCCAGGGAGACCGUUCAGCCAUUUCCCGAAGCUACUGAACAAAAUGAAAAAGAACCUGAUGAGCAGGCUGGGGACUCGGGAUCGCCUGGCUCGGGACGAGCCUGCCGGCGUGGCGGUGCGGUACACGGAGCUGGGCUGCGCUGAGGAGGCGCCCGGCUUCUCGCUGGACGCCAACACAACCCUGCUGCUCAUGCCGCAGCCCUCGCACGGGUACCAGAGCGCACAGCCUCAAGCCGUUCCAGAGGACCCAGGAAAGGACGCUUGCUGGAGGCGUGUUCCUGUGGCAGGAGUGCCGGCCGAGUUCCUGGUGGUGGACCGCGAGCUGGUGAGCGUGGACGGCAGGCGGUGCGACACGGCGGGCGUGGGCUACCGAGCCUUCAGCAAGCAGCCGCGCCGCUGCGCCGUGCCCAGGGGAAGCUGCCUAGGCAACCAGCCGCUCCACAUGUGGCGCCGCGACACGGAGGCCCGGCUGCGUGGGCGGCGCGGCGCGUUCUUCCUGGAGAACUGGGGACAGCCCGCGGAGCCGCCGCUCGUGGUGCGUGACGGCAAGCUGUACCUGGCGCUCGCCUACCCGGGCCGCUACCCUAGCCUGCUGCGCAUGCAGCUGCGCGCAGACCUCAACUCGCCGCUCAAGUUCGGGAACGCGGCGCGCGUGACGGAAGUGCGUAUAGACGCGACGCAGCAGGACGCGACGAGGAUCACGGCACUGGUGACGAACCUGGGGGUGGCGGCGACGAGGCUGCGCCUGCGCAUGCGCCCGUGCGGGGGCUGGUACGCGGCGCAGAGCGACCAGGCGCCGCUGCAGGCGCGCCAGAGCGCCACGCUCGAGCUGCAGCUGCCCGGCCAGCCCGACAGGGACCGCCUUCGCUGCACGCGGCUGCUGAAGGCGAUCCUGGGAUUGUGCUGGUCGGCGGUGGCGGCCUGGGGGCAGGACGGAGUGAGUGACACGCCGCCAGAGCUGCUUCGCUACCGCGAGAGGGAGUUGUCGCACCUGCAGGUGGUGCACGACGCGGAGGGCUUCCCCAUACACCCGCACACCUGCCGCCGCACCGUCCGGAUACACUCAAAAAAUGGAAAGUGCACGACAAAAUAUACCAAAACCACAACAAAGACCCAUCAACAUGGAAAGGGGAACAGAAAACGUGUUUCACAACAUGAACGAAGACCAAACACCUGCAACAAGAUUAUAAACAAGAAUCUGAAUGUAAUUAUUGGCCCAAAUGGAAGUGGUAAAUCAACCAUUGUAUCAGCUAUAAUUUUGGGACUUGGUGGGAAACUGAAACUUGCAGACCGUGGAUCCUCUCUUGCAUCAUAUAUUAAAACUGGCUGUAAAGAAGCAAAAAUUGAAAUAGAGUUAAGAACUGGUACAACCUCAACAACAGUGAUCUCCCGUGUGUUUAACCUAGAUAACAAAUGUGUGUGGAGAAUUGAUGGCAAAGUUGUGAGCUCUAAACAGGUUGAUGAUAAGGUUGCAGAGUAUAACAUACAAAUUGGUAAUUUGUGCCAGUUUCUUCCACAAGAAAAAGUUACUGAUUUUGCAAAGAUGAACCGCCAGGUGUUACUGGAGAACACAGAAAAGUCUGUGGGAGGUGAAAAGAAAUUGGCCCAAAUGCAUGAACAGCUGAAAUGUUUGACUAAAGAAAUAAAGGAAUAUGAAAAGAAAAUAAAUGAAUAUCAAGCAGCAGUGGAGAAUGAUGAACAAACAAAUUCCAGGUUGGCAGUGACAGUAAACAACAUUAAGGAGAGGAUGGCCUGUAUAGAAGCUGUGAAAUUAUUAAAGAAGAAGAGAGUAUGGGCUGUAUACAAAGCACACAAAGUGCACACUGAACAGAAACAAAAGGAAAUGGCAGAAGCUGUUGCUGACUUGCAGAGAUGUAAAAAGGAAUUUGAACCAUUUGAGUCUCUAUUGGAUGGCGCGAACAAGAGAUUGCAGACAGCCCAGAGUAAAUUAAAUACAUGUAAAAUAAGAACAAGGGACAAAAUAAACACCCUGAAAAAUGAAUCGGUAUCUAGAGAACCUGUAUCUGAGAGAAUAGAAUAUGUUAAUCAGGAAUACAAAAAGAAAAUUGAAGCAGAGAAAUCUCGAGAGUCAGAAUUAGCUGCAUUGCAGUUACAGUUGAACAAAAUGCAGAAUGAUUUGCGUGAGCUCAGUAAACAGUCUGAUGACUCUACACAUACUCAGCUGAAGGAAGUUCAAGAACAGAUCUCAAAAGUCAGUGAUGCCUGCAACAUCUUUCGUCACAAGUGUGAAGACUAUAAAAGCAAGGUGUCAUAUAUAGACCACGAAAUAAGAGCACAGGAUUCAGAAUUGCAAAGGCUCAGAAAUGUAGCAAAUCAACGACUCUCACUGCUGCAGCACAGGCAUCCUGAUGUCUACAGAGGAACUAUGUGGCUACGUGAAAAUAAACAUCGUUUCUCUGGAAAUGUUUAUGACCCUAUUGUCUUAGAGACCAAUUUGAAAGAUCCAAGCUAUGCGAAGUAUGUGGAAGCUGUCAUUUCAAACAGGGACUUACUAGCCUUUACAUUUGAGGACAAAGAUGAUAUGAACAAUGCAAUGAGGAUACUAAGAGAUGAAAUGAACUUAAGGUUAAAUUUUUUACAUUCUGGUGAAAUGCAUCAACCAUCUUCAUACUAUAAAUCAACCAUACCAAUCAAGCACUUGAGGGAGUUUGGCUUCAAAACUUAUAUUUCUGAUGUAAUUGAAGCACCAGAAGCCAUCCUUAAAUACCUUCUAAGAACAUAUGGCCUACAUAAUAUCCCAGUUGGAACGAAACAAACUGAUGCAACAUUUGAGAAGGUGCCUGCAAGUAUAAGAUUGUUUUUCUCAGAAAGCAGCAGAUAUUCUGCCUCUCACUCAAUAUAUUCCGGAGAAAAGCUUACGGAGAAUAGUCGUGUGACAGAAGCAAAUUAUUUCACACGAUCCAUUAGUAUUAAAGAAAUACAAGUAAUAGGAGAGAGGAAAGAAAAAUUAUUACAGGAGAAGCAGCAAAUUUCACAUGAUCAUCACACAGUGGUACAGCAAUUAAUGCAUCAAGAGAGCAAAUUGAAAGAGCUCGUUAAUAAGAGAAAACAAAUACAAGAAAUUGUGCAGAAUCGGCAGGCACUCGGUGCACGCAUUAAGAUUAAGCAAAAUCACAUAAAUUCACUUGAAAAGAAUAAGAUUAAUAUUAAAGAGGAAGAAGAAAAGUUCAAUAAUACUGUUAAGAAAAUAAUUUUAGAUGCUUUCAACAGUGAAAGUAAAUCCCACGAAACUCUAAAAGAAUAUGUGGAAUUGAUGAACAAGUUAAGGCUGCUUCAGUAUGAGACAGAAGACACUGCAGCUGAAGUGGAAAGGUAUCAACAUGAUGCUCAGGAAAUAAAGCAGAAAUGUUUAGAACUUGAGAACACAGUUCGAAAGUUGAAAGGAGAGUUGUCAGAACUGCAAACACAGCAGAAACAGUUGCUCGGAGAUGCAGAAAAGGCAAUUGCAGAUGUCAAAGAUAAUAAAGAUACAUUCAGAAAUGUGCAACAAACAGUUCAAGAUUUGGAUAAGAAGAAAAAGCCACGGGAGUUCCUGCUGAACGUGGUUCUGUUCGUGGCGUGGCCGGCGGCCUACUGCUGGCGCACGUGCUGCCGCGGACCGCCUGACGACGCAUGUGAGUGCGCCACGUGGGCGCACACCAUCACCAUAGGGGAGGCCGCGCGCCGAGGCGUGCUCGCCCGCGCUGACCAGGAGGUGCGCCCAAGUGUACACACACACACAAACAGGCCGCUCAAAACGAUGCUGGCAGCAGCCGACUCUAAACCAGUUGUCGGAAGUGAAUAA